GUUGCCGAGAGGUGAGUUUGGUUGUUUCUUUAUUUCGUCAUCCCGCUCCACCUGUGAGAUAACUUCAAGGUGUUACUGUAAAGACAGUGAGAGAGUACGACUCCCCCCCGCGUAGGGAGCAAACUCUGCAGCAGUCCUCAUUAAAAUUCCCUUCCCGUACACACUCCACGAAAUCCCCCGUUAGUGGGUGGCACCGGCGUCCUACGCGCCUCUCUAAUUGCGCACCACGCAACUAACGAGCCAUCACGCAUCACCGUUUCGUCCACGGUGUCCGCGGAGACUCGAGGCGGAGAGUUCCCUUCGUGUCCCGUUGUUUACAGCCGUCAGGAGUGAGGGAGGAAAAAAAAAAAAAAAAAGGUGGGCGCAGAGGUCCGGCGAGGGGUGGCGCCCUAAACGCAUCUGAUCGGGCGCCUGGACACGCUGUGCCGCCUGCGACCCACAGCGACACGGUCCGCUCCCGCAGUCUACUGGCUCAGUUUCUGCAGCUCAUGACUGUGACACUUCAUCGGUGGGGGACUGGAAACAUGUGCGUUUGGAUGGUGUGACACGGCGGCUUCUGGGGUUCGUUUCUCUCGGAUACGCCAAGUACCCGACGUUACGGCGCACCUUGUGUAGGAGAGAACCAUGAGCACUGUGGAGGAGGAGCCGGAUCACAUGAUACCAUGAAGACAAGCCUGCAGGUCCUGCGCUGCCAGCUGCUGAGUGUUCUAGCAUUCCUAGCACUGCCAGUAGGACUGGUGUCAUCAGCACAGGAGCUGUACUUCAUACAGACAUCCCAGGACUCUGUCUCCAUGGCAGUCACCCACAGCAGCCCCCUGUCUGCCCCAAAACCUGACCCCUUGGACUGGCAUCAAGAAGGCUCCAGUAGUGGGGAAUGGACAUCCAAAGGAGGCACUCAAUCAUCAAGCAUCAUUCUCCCCACUGCCAUAGUCCAACCUUUGGCCUUGCUUCACACAACCCAAAGUUCUGGUCCUGCUCAUGUUGAUCCUCCCAUUGAUGAAUCGAAUAUAGUCACCCCUAACACUGUGAGCACUGACAGUCUUGUGGUUCAGCCCCUGGAGCUUGGCUAUGAUAUUGUAAACCAAGGCAAAAUGCACAAAUUGGUCAAAGCCCUUCAAGUCCAAAGGCCAGUAACUGUCAGCACUAACCAGGCCAGCACCAGCAUCCCAGAAUUUCUCAGCACAGCAGCUCCAAACUUAAAUGUGAAAUCUACUUCUGGAGGGCCUCCAGACCCCCUUCCUCUUAUGUCCAGCUCUGCAUCAGACAGAGGAGACACACUCAAAGUAGAACCACAGAGGUUGAGCUUGGACGCACCUUCUGUACCCGGUCGUCAGUAUGUUCCCAGAUCCUCCCUGUCACCCUUUUCCUCUUCUGCAAAUGAUGCUGACCCCAUACUACGCCCGAAUCUCAGGGAGCACGCUGGGGGUACUGCACACCAUGCAAUCACCCUGAGGGAGGUGCAUGCAGGGAACGAGCGCCCCACUGACAUGCUGGUGGUGGAGACAGAGGCUCCAGUCCAUAGCCCACCAGAGAAUCUAACUUCCACUGCAUCCACACCAGCCCUGGAUCUCAGCAUCAAGAAUUCAACAAUCACCCCAAACAACCAAACUUCACCCAACGAGACCACCACUAAGAUGGAGGGUCAAGUUGUAAUAGGAAACACCACAGACAAUGCCCCUCUGGGACGCGGGUUGGGGAAUGUAACUACUUAUGGUGGGCUGUUCUCCAAUGACAGCUCAGUUGAGGAGAUGCCCGCUCAGGGGAACAGCUCAGAGUCCCCUUCCACAGCCAGUGGGAAUUUCCUAAACAGACAGGUUCCCGCCACAACCCAAGACCCCUGUAUGCCUUGCAACAGCUCAGGCCCGACUGUGGACUCCCGCCUGACAAUCUGCCUGAGCAGGAUGGACGUUGUGUGGAUCGUGUUGGCCAUCACUGUGACUGUGUCCUCGUGUUCUGUUCUUUUGACCGUGUGCUGCAUGAGGAGGAAGAAGAAGUCAUCGAGUCAGGAGAACAACCUCAGCUACUGGAACAACGCCAUCACCAUGGACUACUUCAGCAGGCACGCCGUGGAGCUGCCCAGAGAGAUACACACUCUGGAGAGCGAGGAGCAUGACACCUGUCUACCCCCUAACGGAGACUACAGCGGCAGCAGCAUGGUCCUUGUUAACCCUUUCUGCCAGGAGACCCUCUUCAUCAACAGAGACAAAGCGUCUGCCAUCUAGAGACUGCAAAAAGACUGACCCCCCCCCCCUACUCCCCCUGCUGUUGUCGUCUAUUUUAUAUAAGUGGUAAAUAUUCAGAGACUUUGACUUUAUACUGUAUAUGACAAAAAAAAACACACACAAAGAGAAACCAGAAAGAAGAGCGAUGUAAACAGACAUUAUUUACUAUGAGAAUGCACCCACAUAUUUUUCUGAUGUACAUUUUCUACAAAAGGCUUAAUUGUGAUAAAAGGUUUUUAUUGUCUUUAUAAAAAUACAGAGUAUAUGUGCUUUUGUUUCGUUAGAGUGGCUUGAUGGUGAGUGCACUGGAGCUGUCGCCACACAAAAUCUGCUUUAGAGAGAGAAUCCUGCGAUGAAAACAUUAAAGCUGUACUUUGUAAUGUUGUUUUUUCCUUUAAAAUAAAUCCCAAAAUUCUUAUA